AUGGAGAGGCUUCUGAAGAAACGCCAGAUCCGAAGCCAGCUUGUCCGGGAAUGCAUUGCCGAGUUCCUUGGGCUGUACAUCGCAGUUAUAUUCGGAUCUGGCUCGGCGGCCCAAGUCAUCACAUCGAAGGGGACCCACGGCAGCUACCUGACGAUCCAGCUCGGUUCUGCCCUGGGAGCGAUCUUUGGCAUAUUGGUCGCUCGAGGAGUUUCAGGUGCACAUCUCAAUCCUGUGUACUCGAUGACCCUGUGCAUCUUGGGCUGCCACCCAUGGAGGAAACUGCCUUGCUACGCCCUAUCACACCUACUAGGAGCUUUCCUUGGAGCAGCGACAGUUUACCUCCAGUACUACGAUGCCAUUCAGGUAUUCAGUGGAGGUCAACUGUCAGUGGCAGGCCCCAAUGCCACAGCCGGGAUAUUCUGCUCCUACCCAGCAGAGCACCUGAGCUUCUGGGGAGGUCUCGUGGAUCAGGUGGUAACCACGGCUGUUUUCCUGCUGUGCUGCGUGGCACUUGAGGAUCGGAGACAUGGACCCCUCGCUGAAGGACUCCAUCCUGUCCUGGUAGGAGGUCUCAUCCUCACUGUUGGACUCUCUAUGGGCUCCAACUGUGGAUUCCCCCUAAAUCCAGCUAGAGAUCUGGGGCCCCGGCUUUUUACAUUCAUCGCUGGCUGGGGCGUAGAAGUGUUCAAGGCUGGAGGUGGUUGGUGGUGGGUGCCCACAGUGGCCCCCUUUGUGGGCGGAGUGCUAGGAACCCUAACGUAUGAGCUGCUCAUCGAAGCCCAUCACCCAGACACUUCAAAUGAGGAGCAGAGUCCAUGUCAGCAGCUGGAAGCUGUGGAGCUGGAGGAGCUGGAUCUGGAAGAGGUGGUGGUGGACUCCGGAAACAACAGGGAAGUUGAGCUGGAGUCCACGGAGCAGAGUGGCGGCCCCCUGCACCAAUGGAGAAGCCGCAGCGCUGGUCAUGUCAUCGAUGGACCAUGGAUGAUGACCGGGACCAGGAGCAGCCCCUGUUUCCCCUCAUCUGUUUCACUGUUAGACCGCAGGACCUGUGCGUCUGGCCGGGCCUGCACCAGGAUUUACCUGGAUUUAUGA